UGUCUUGAGUUUGUUUUGUUGUUGUAAAUGUGAAUUUCCUUUGAUUUUACAUGUUAGUCUUAGUUGCCUGUUUUCAAUUCUUGAGUCUGAUUCUGUGUUUUGUAAUGUUUGUUGAAAGAAAGGUGACAGAAGCAAAUGAAGAUUAAUGCUAAACGCUCUGUUCAGAUUAGUUAUUUUCUCCUGCACAAAGUUAUUUAAUGGAAAGACUCUGCUAGGAUAAAACCAAGUCUUAUGAAUUCCUAGUUCUCUCUUUUUUAAGUUUUGGAAAUUCACUCUAAUCUAACAACUUAUUAACACAUUUCGCGAGUAAUUGGUUAGUCUUACUUAUUAUAGGUAUAGACUAAUAAAGGCAUCAAUUCAUUUCUUUAGGAAGAAUUGCUUUCUAAUGGAAACAACAGUCAGAAUUUUUCAAGUGAUACCCUUUCAUAAAUGAACGUGUCUUUUCGGAAAGAGACGAAGCGGUUUUGAAAUUUGUAACCUACCAUAUAUGAGACCGAGAAAUCCGUCUGCGGCCAACCCUUAUGACGAACCACAGCUUUUGAAAUUCGGGGAUAAUGGACCCGCUACUCUACCAUUCUCCACUUAAAUACCAGGCUUAGUUCACAUGAUGCAGAGCUCGAACCUGUGACCUAAGUCAUAAAUCCCUCAACCUUUUCCACUUGAGCUAAGCUCUGGGGGCGGUCGACCAUAUAUAAUAAUUGUUAAUGUGAAUUUGCUUUAAUUUUCCAAAUGGUGGUGGAUGUUCAUUCCAAAAAUCAGAUGAAUCAUAUGCGCAAGCUCAAUUGGUACUUGAGCAGUGCCACUCAGCUCAGCUGGAUGAGAGUGCUAAAGGAUUGGUUUUGCUCGCCAUGUCAACCUUAUUUUCUGAAAGAGGAAAUUUUGGUGAAGCCGUUGAGAAGCUCCAGAAAAUUCAAGAUUUAGGCUUGUCAUCUUUAGCUGUUAAAGUUGCCGCCUCUGAAGCACUUGCUGGGCUUUAUCUAGAAUCGCAUCAAGAUGAUGCUUCAUCAGCAACUUCAGAGAUAUGCUUGCAACUGCUGGAAACCAUAAGGCUAGAGAUUGGUGGUGGCGGAUCUGAGUUUUUGGAAGCUCGUGCAAAGGCAUUAAAGGGGCUGGUGGAGUUGGUCCGUGGUAACGUUGAAUCAGCCCAGUCAUUCUUUGAAGGAGCUCAGGGUGAUAAAGGUUGCUUUGGCAACGUUGCACUAUCUUAUGGUGAAUUCCUUCAUUGUAAGCGGGAUUUCCAAAUGGCGAGGGAGUUAUAUCAAAAGGCAAUGCAGGAUGUAUCAGAAUGUAAAGAUUUUACCAACCCACAAUCCUUAUCAGCUUGCAACAUGAAUUUGGAGGAGACUUUGUUAGGAGCUACUUGUGCUUUAGGGCAGCUUGAGGCUCAUUUGGGGAAUUUUGAUGAUGCUGAGGAAAUACUGACUGCAGCGCUGAAGAAAGCUGAAGAGCGUUUUGGUAAUUAUCAUCCAAAGGUAGGUGCUAUUUUGACCUGCAUAGCUCUCAUGUAUCGGCAUAAAGCAGCCAUGGAACGGUCAAGCUCUCUUUUGAUUCAAGAGGGACUCUAUAGAAGAGCAAUUGAAGUGCUCAAAGCUCCACCCUUGGAAAUAGAAGGUGUGGAAACAAAACUGUCCAGAAGGGACAUACUUGCCCUUGCAAGAGGUGGGUAUGCAGAGACGCUUAUCGUGCAACAAAAUAGAAAAGCAGAAGGUGGAAAAAUGAAGCAGUGGGCUGAAAAGGCUUGGACAAAUCGCAGAUUGGCACUUGCCGAGGCACUAGAGCCAUUCGAGUCAUCACCCAAGGUGGCUGUCAUAGAUACUCGAAUCAGCCGGGUCCUGUAGUUUCCUUUCUUACAUGUUUUCUUCGGAAAGUUGAGAUGUAUUAUGGUCACAACUAACAUGUAUCUAUAUACUUCUGUCGAUAUAAUAUGCUCUUUAUGAGUUGCAAUAUUAAAAGUUGAUAAUUAUGUAAGCUUCUAGGUAGUACACCUCUGAAUACGUUCGACUGACUCCGAAUCGUCUAAAAUUUUGUGGGCCCAUCAGAAUUUUUUUGUGAUAUGGAAUGAUUUUAAUGUUCUCUAGGUUGAAUCUGAA